AUGUCUAAAAGUGGUGACCAUCACACGGUCCCAUUAUCGGUUUUACUAAAGCGGGAGUUGGCCAACGAGAAGAUCGAGAGGCCUGAAAUUUUGCACGGCCAGGCCAGUCAGAGCAAAAAGGGCGAAGAUUUUACGUUCGUUAAGACCGAAUGUCAACGGGCAUUGGGUGAUGGAGUCACCACAUUUUCAGUAUUUGCGUUGUUUGAUGGCCAUAAUGGAUCUGCAGCUGCUAUAUAUUCCAAAGAGAAUUUAUUGAACAAUGUCUUGAGUUCUAUUCCUCCUGAUCUUAACAGUGAUGAGUGGGUAUCAGCAUUGCCUCGGGCUUUGGUUGCAGGGUUUGUAAAAACAGAUAAAGAUUUCCAGGAAAAAGCACGAACUUCAGGAACAACAGCGACCUUUGUAAUAAUCGAAGGAUGGAUCUUAACAGUUGCAUCAGUCGGUGAUUCUCGUGCCGUACUUGAAUCUGCUGAGGGAGGAAUAUAUUAUCUGUCAGCAGAUCAUAGACUUGAAUGCAGUGAAGAGGAGCGUGUCAGAAUAACUGCUAGCGGUGGUGAGGUUGGUCGGCUUAAUACUGGUGGUGGCACUGAGAUUGGUCCAUUAAGAUGUUGGCCUGGCGGGCUAUGUCUUUCACGAUCUAUUGGGGAUAUGGAUGUUGGAGAGUUCAUAGUUCCUGUACCUUAUGUGAAGCAAGUAAAGCUAUCAUCGAGUGGUGGGAGGCUUAUAAUCUCAAGUGAUGGUGUUUGGGACGCUUUGUCUGUGGAAACAGCCUUCGAGUGCUGUCGAGGAAUGCCAGCUGAUGCUGCAGCUUCACAGAUUGUCAAAGAAGCUGUGCAGGUUAAGGGUCUUCGAGACGACACGACGUGUAUUGUUGUGGAUAUCCAAGCGGCUGAGAAAGCGGAGGACCCGCAAAAGGCACAACCACCUCCCAAGAAACAAGGAAAACGGGUUUUCAAGGCCAUGUUCCGUAGAAAAAACGCAGAGUCAUCUUCUCAGGUUGACAAGGAAGAGUAUAGCGAACCGGAUUUCGUGGAGGAACUCUUCGAGGAAGGCUCGGCUUCUCUUUCAGAAAGGUUGGAUGCUAAGUACCCGGUGUGUAACAUGUUUAAGCUGUUUAUGUGUGCGGUCUGCGGAGUGGAAAUAAAACCAGGAGAAGGUAUCUCCAUACACGUCGGCACUGGAAAAUUGAGACCUUGGGACGGUCCUUUCCUCUGCUCCACCUGCCAACACAAAAGAGAGGCCAUGGAAGGAAAAAGACCUUCCGGAGCUGGUGGGUAUAACAGUGACAGUGAUUGA